AUGCCGUCAUCAUUAACUGGAAGCCAAUAUCGGCUGGUAAGCUAUCUAACCAGACCAUGGACUUUUACGUGGGAGACUGACAGAUCUUUCUGGGAUCACAGGUUAUCAGCAUUGCAUCCGGCAUAUCGGAUGGCGCAGCUCAGAGAAAGGAUCGAUGGAGAUUCACUUCUGCCAUCUUCACAAGAGGUUGAUGUAGAGGAAGAUGAAGAUUUUGUAAUAGAAGAUUCAGAAAAUGAAGCUGACAGCGACGAUAGCUUCAAUGAUCCUGUUAUGUUUGAUUGA